ACAACAACAGAGCAGAUUGUUGGAGGGAGAAAAACGAAGGCUGCUCAGCUUUCUCAGAGAUAACUGAAUACGACAGGACAGAGUGAUAAAAUGGAUUGUUCUGGAAAAGAAAAAGAAGCCAUGGCCCUGGUCGCUGAAGCUGACAAGAAAACGAGAGUAUCAGGAUCGCUCUUUGGGACGUUUUUCGGGAGCUCUUCCAAGGCAGAGGAAGCCUGUGACAUGUACACGAGAGCUGCGAAUAUGUUCAAGAUGGCUAAGAACUGGAACGCUGCAGGAGAUGCGUUCUGCAGAGCUGCAAAAGUGCACUUGAAAACACAAAGCAAGCACAACGCUGCCGUCAGCUUUAUAGACGCCGGCAACGCGUACAAAAAAGCAGAUCCACAAGAGGCCAUCAAGUGUCUGAGUCGGGCCAUCGAUAUCUACACGGAUAUGGGACGUUUCACCAUCGCAGCAAAACACCACAUCAGUGUAGCUGAAAUCUACGAGUCUGAUUUAUUGGACAUUGAUAAGGCAGUUGUGCAUUACGAGCAAGCCGGUGAUUACUACAAAGGAGAGGAGUCUACAAGUUCUGCCAACAAGUGCCUUCUUAAAGUGGCUACGUACGCCGCCCAGCUUGAACAGUACCAGAAAGCGAUACAGAUAUAUGAACAGAUUGGGACCUACUGCAUGGACAACACCCUGCUGAAGUAUGGCGCUAAGGAUCACUUCUUCAGGGCAGCACUGUGUCACUUCUGUGUCGAUAUGCUGAACGCCAAGCUGGCUGUGCAGCGAUACGAGGAAAUGUUUCCUGCCUUCUCAGACGCCAGGGAGUGCAAACUCUUGAAGAAACUUCUCGAUGCACACGAGGCACAAGAUAUCGACGCGUAUACAAGCGCAGUGAAGGAGUUCGAUUCGAUCACAAGGCUGGAUCAGUGGUGCACCUCCAUAUUACUGAGAAUCAAGAAGACCAUUCAGGAGGAUGAGAACGAUCUCCGCUAACAGUGCGAAAAUAAAGCUCUGGCUCGUGAUGUCUUAUGCACAUCGA